GCCGGAUUCGCGAGGAAGAUGAAGAAGACGACCAGGAAACGAAGCGUCAGCAACCCGGAAAAUGGCUACCGGAGUGGACCAGGUAGCAGGCACGAGUCUCAUCCUCUUCAGCCUCACGCUGUUUACGUACUAUUCUAUCUGGGUCGUCGCUCUGCCUUUCAUGGACGGCGGUCACGUAUUGCACAAGUAUUUUCUCCCACGGGAAUACACAGUCAUUCUGCCCGGCAUUGCGGCAGUACUGCUGCUCCUUUGCGUAGGGGCCUUCACCGCCGUCGUCCUUUGGAAGAAUCAGAGACCCAAAAAAGUGAACUAAUCUGAAGACGGAACUGCUGUUGGUUAACUAUAGUUUUUUUCCUCCUCCUCCUCCGCCAGUAGUUCCUUAAUAGAUGACUCACCGAUACAUAUUUUUGUUAAAUAAAUGUUUAAAAAAAACAACUCGAAACUGAGUUUCAAGGUGCUUUUAUUUUUCACUCUAUUUUAAUGUUGGCCGUUAGGUUGGUACUUGGGGAGCUAAAUCUUUUUUUCAGGAGGUCCUGAUCGAAGUCACGA